AUCCCUAAGCAACUGCCCCUUCCCCAGCCAGGCUGCCGCUCACCAGCUCCUCGGGGGUGCGGCUCUCGCGUUCACCGCAGCAGCAACACCACCUGCAGCAGCAGCACACGGACCCCCUGCACCCCGCCAUCUUCCUCCUUUCCUGCCACUCCGGACCACCUAGGCCAACCCCCCCUCCCUCCCAGGAUCGCGCCUCACGUGACUGGCCCCGGAAGGGUCACGUGGCCCUCUCGAGCUCUGGGUCGGGAGACAGGGAGUGGCUGCAGACGGGUGGGGCGAGAGCUCGCGUCACAUGACGCAGUACUUGGCUGGCUUCCCAAGGGACCUCCGGGCGCGGCCAUGUUGGGGCGGGACUUCCGGCCAUAGUCUUUUGUGGCUUCCGCCUGCCGCUGGUCCGGUUUCCCUUAGCAACCGACAGCUACGCCCCGCCUUCUCUGCCUGCGCGAGGGAGGUGGCACCCGGGCCGCCCGCGAUCUGACGCAGGAGCAGGAAUCCGGCUAUGGUGAACGAGGCCAGAGGAAGUGGCAGCCCCAACCCCCGAUCUGAGGGCAGCAGCAGUGGCAGCGAGAGUCCCAGGGACAGUUCGAGAUGUUCCACCCCCAGCCUGGACCCAGACCGGCACGAGAGACUCCGGGAGAAGAUGAGACGCAGAAUGGACUCUGGUGACAAGUGGUUCUCCCUGGAGUUCUUCCCUCCUCGGACUGCUGAGGGAGCUGUUAAUCUCAUCUCGAGGUUUGACCGGAUGGCAGCAGGGGGCCCCCUCUUCAUAGACGUUACCUGGCACCCAGCUGGAGACCCUGGCUCAGACAAGGAGACCUCGUCCAUGAUGAUUGCCAGCACAGCAGUAAACUACUGUGGCUUGGAAACCAUCCUGCACAUGACCUGCUGCCAGCAGCGCCAGGAGGAGAUUACAGGCCAUCUGCACAGAGCCAGGCAGCUCGGCCUGAAGAACAUAAUGGCGCUGAGGGGAGACCCUGUAGGUGACCACUGGGAAGCAGAGGAAGGAGGCUUCAGCUAUGCCACAGACCUGGUGAAGCACAUCCGGAACGAGUUUGGCGACUAUUUUGACAUCUGUGUGGCAGGUUACCCCAGAGGCCACCCUGAUGCAGAGAGCUUCGAGGAUGACCUGAAGCAUUUGAAGGAGAAGGUGUCCGCAGGCGCCGACUUCAUUAUCACUCAGCUCUUCUUUGAGGCCAGCGCCUUCUUCAAAUUUGUGAAGGCCUGCACAGAGAUAGGCAUCUCUUGCCCUAUACUGCCUGGGAUCUUCCCUAUUCAGGGCUACACCUCCCUUCGGCAGCUUGUAAAACUGUCCAAACUGGAGGUGCCACAGAUGAUCAAGGAUGUAAUUGAGCCGAUCAAAGACAACGAUGCUGCCAUCCGCAACUAUGGCAUUGAACUGGCUGUGAGCUUGUGCCGGGAGCUGCUGGACAGUGGCUUGGUGCCAGGCCUCCACUUCUAUACCCUUAACCGCGAGGUGGCCACCAUGGAGGUGCUAAAGCAACUGGGCAUGUGGACCGAGGACCCCAGACGUCCCCUGCCCUGGGCUGUCAGUGCACACCCCAAGCGCCGGGAGGAAGAUGUGCGUCCCAUCUUCUGGGCCUCCAGACCAAAGAGCUACAUCUACCGCACACAGGGCUGGGAUGAGUUUCCUAACGGCCGCUGGGGUAAUUCUUCCUCGCCAGCCUUUGGGGAGCUGAAAGACUACUACCUCUUCUACCUGAAAAGCAAGUCCCCCAGGGAGGAGCUGCUGAAGAUGUGGGGUGAGGAGCUCACCAGUGAAGAGAGUGUCUUUGAAGUCUUUGAACACUACCUCUCAGGAGAGCCGAAUCGCCAUGGCUACAGAGUAACCUGCCUGCCCUGGAACGAUGAACCCCUGGCAGCAGAAACCAGCCUGAUGAAGGAAGAGCUGCUACGAGUGAACAGGCUGGGCAUCCUCACCAUCAACUCCCAGCCCAACAUCAAUGCAAAGCCGUCCUCAGACCCUGUUGUGGGCUGGGGCCCCAGUGGGGGCUAUGUCUUCCAGAAGGCCUACCUAGAGUUCUUUACCUCCCGUGAAACUGUGGAGGCUCUUCUGCAAGUGCUGAAGACAUACGAGCUGCGAGUCAACUACCACAUCGUGGAUGUGAAGGGAGAAAACAUCACUAAUGCCCCUGAGCUGCAGCCCAACGCUGUAACAUGGGGCAUCUUCCCUGGACGAGAGAUUGUCCAGCCUACUGUGGUGGACCCCAUCAGCUUCAUGUUCUGGAAGGAUGAAGCCUUUGCUCUGUGGAUCGAGCAGUGGGGCAAGUUAUACAAGGAGGAGUCCCCAUCCCGCAUGAUCAUCCAGUACAUCCAUGACAACUACUUCCUGGUCAACCUGGUGGACAACGAGUUCCCGCUGGACAGCUGCCUGUGGCAGGUGGUAGAGGACACGUUUGCGCUGCUCAAUAGGCAGACCGCGAAGAAAGAGACACAGGCCCCAUGAGCCUGCAUCCCGGUAUCUUCCUCUCCUGGAGCCCCUUUCCCUCAUCUCUCUACACAGGAUAAUGGCAGCUAGACUGGCAGGAAGCAUCCAGGCUCUGGCUGGACCCGAGAUGCCCCAUCGAGGAGGCUGAUGCUCUCUGCUCAAGCCCAGAGCCCAUGUUCUUGCAGUGGCAAGCGCCUCCGUUCUCAAGGGAAGAGACCAGAGAUUGCCCAGCCAUUGCACCAAGGCAGCCUCUAGGAGGUGAACUUUGACCUGGGGUCUAUGUGAGACAGACAGUAGGCACUCGUACUGAAGGAGGAAGUAGGAAGAAGUGUGGCAAAUGAGGGCACAGAGACCUCCUCCCUACUCAGCGGACUACACACCAGGUCCCCAGGAGAGGCCUGGCUGGUGACACAAGCCUUUCUUGCCAUCUUAGGCCCAAGAGUGUAGGAGUUCUGUCUCUUCCCCGGGGCUUCAGAAGGUUGGUUGUGUCUGUUCUGUGGCUGGGAAGAAAGUGCCCCUUCAGGGUUAAAAGCAUUCUGUCCUCAGUGGAGGCUUGCUCUUGGCCUUGUUUUCUGUCCUCUCAACGAGAUUCACCUGGGCAGGGCCCAGCUCUGCCCAUGGCUGUGUGCAGCCCACUCCCUGGCUUCUGCACAGACUCCUGCCAGCUGCUGUCUUCUCUGUUCGGCCUAGACUGGGAGCUGUUCCUGGCACUCCUCCCCAGUCAGCCCUCAGGCCUGGCUGCCUGGGGCAGUGACUGGCAGGCACAGAUGACUGCUCCCAGCCUGCUGGUCUUGUUUGAGGCAGGGAAUGGGAGAAAGCUGUCCAUAGAGCAACUUAGGUAGAGCAGGGGAUUUCCCCUCCCCUCGUCUCCCAGGCCUGGGUGAUUGCAGUGGAGAGCAGCCUUGGAGAGACUGAGCAGAAGCAGCCAGGGUGAGGAGGUCCUUUCAUUCUGGCUCCUCCAACUGUGGGCCUGUUCCCUCCCUCGGAAGGCUGGGCUUGGUUCUGCUUAUUUCUCAGGAACAUUUCAGAGCUGCUGCUGGGCCCUACUCAUCCCACGCCUGCUACAUCUGAGCCACUAUCAAUGUUUCCAGGGGCACAGGCUGCUGCUGGUUCUUCUCCUGGGCUCUUGACAACCAGGUGCUGGUGCCACUUUUCAAAAGCCUAGAAGCAGGGCAGGACAGGAAAUGCCACUUGUCUCAGGGCCUGUACUGGGCCUGUCAGACUGACACCUAAGCCAUGUUCUGUGAGUCUCAACCAGAGGCCCUUCCCUCUGCCCUGGCAGCCAGCCCAUCCUGUCCCUGCCCAAAUAUCUAGGCUCAGAAUAGACUGGACCUGUGACCCGGGAAGCUGUGCCCAGUGACCUGCAAAUAGACGCCUGUGCUGGACCAGCACGGGGAGCCACUGCCACAAGCAGCCUGGUUCUCAGAGUGAGUGAAAUCGACACUGGGCUGGCCUUCAGGCCACUAGUCAAGGGCUCUAAUGUCCAGGCUGUGUGCUCUGUAACCAGUGACCCACUCAACUGAAUGAGGAUAGCCCAGGGUGGUGAGCAGGGACACCCCUCCCCUCUCCCUGGCACUGGUCUUGGAAGGCUGGCUGGUUUAAGUGAGAUAAAGUCACCUGGGAAAGGACCCAGCUAUCUUCUCUCUGGUGUAGCUGAAGGUCCCUUUUCCACUUGUCCUCCAGGCCUGUCCCAGGUGUCAUUGUCUGAGCUACAGAGAGAGUUGAGGAAAGACCCUCUGCCAUCCUGCCAGCCCUGGCCCUUCUACUGCUGCCCCAGGGUGACAAGGGGCCAUCAUCUAAGAAAUGUUAACAGAUGAGAAUACCUGAGCCCACCCCCUAAGGCUUUGGACAUGAGAUGUGGUUAGUGUCUCCAGUUAGCCAAGGCAUAGAUAGGAUAAUGGGAAGUUGCUCCCAAGGGCUCGGCUUAGUACAGAGGAACUAAGCUUACCUGCAGGCCAAGAACAUCUAACCUCUUCAAGGGCGAAGACCAAGAGCCACAGGCUCUGCCGUCCUGCCAGAGUGGACUAACCACCCCUCCCAUGCACAGCAGAUCCUGCCCUAGCCACCUUUGAGGAGCCUGGCCUUGGCCCUGGAGGGCGCUGGUCUGACAGCCUCAGAGCUCACCUAGUCCUGUAGGGGGCCGGUGGAGGGCCCAUGCAGGCAGUGGCAGCCAGACCUGAAGGGUUGGGCAGAGGGGUCUCUCUGUGUCACCUGGAAAGGAGAAUUGGGUCAGGAGAGGAUGAUGCCUUGAUUUAGAAGAACAGAAGCCCCGCUCAAGUCUCCAGGCUGUGGGCUGGCCCAAGGCGCUAAUGGGGAAAGAAGGGAAUUCUUCAAAUAGCUGGGACACUCAGGAAGGGAUGGACAGGGGAAUUGUUUCAAAGGGCAUGGCCUGAGGGUUGAGACCCAAGGACCCAGCUCCUUACUCAAAUCCCAGGAUGUGGUCCUCUGUAUGCCUCUCCAAUGUGGCCAUGUCAGGCUGGGCAGCACAUUCUCUAUGACAGGUGGCCAGCAGCUGUGAGUCUGAAGGAACAGCAGGGGGGCAAGGAUCAACUGCAGUGGGCUUGACCCUGCUGACCAAGAGGGAGUUCUGCCUGCCUCCUACCAGAGCAAGCUCCCACCUGUGUGUAUAAUGGGGUGUUUCACCUGACACCCAGGAGUCCCAAGACCCCCAGACGAGGCAAGCCACCAGUGUAUGGCACUACUCCCUCUGACCAUCCUCCCCGUUGGCUGAAGACAUCUAAGCAGAGGCUGGCUCAAUAAUAGCUGCCCUGUGGUGGAGCUCAGGCUAGCCCUGAGAUUGACAUGCUCCUGAAUUAAGCUUUAGGAUGUUGCUCUCACAUGUGGCCCGACUCCAAAGUCUGGGCUCCCAAUUACUGCAAUAUACAUAGGGGACUCCCAGUACCACACAAUGGCUCACUACCUGGACGUGUGAGUACCUGUGGUAAAGAGCAGAACCCUGGGUACCAUUCUCAGUGUCUGGUGUGUUUCUAGAAACCUGUUUAUCAGCAUAUCAGCCUUGCCUUCACUAACAAGAAGAGAGCAAAUGUAUAUAUACUUUUAAAAGGUGGUAGUGUACUAGUGAAAUUUCAUGACGUUGAGGCAUGGGGACCAGAGGCUGCCUCAUGAGCUUGAAGCCACCUGGUGCAUACAAGCUGGGCCCACAAAGCCUGUAACAUCAACAGGUCAGACAGCACGAGACCCCACGAGACCCCAUGGUGUCUUAACAUCGACAGGUCAGACAGCACGAGACCCCAUGGUGUCUUAACAUCGACAGGUCAGACAGCAUGAGACCCCAUGGUGUCUUGCCACCCUGAGCCACGUGGGGACUCUGAAAUCCAGCAACCUAGUCUUGCAAAGCCACUUUGAUGAUUUCUGUUCUUUCCAAAGUUAAUUCUGUUCUUUCUGGCAGUCUGAAGCGAGACUCUUGGUGAUGCCAAAUUGUCCUUACGAACACUGUCUGUCUAGCCUGUCAGGAUCUUGGGCUGAGUCCCCUAGUUACAUCUACAGACCUCUAGGCAGUGCUGGUUCUUGCACCUGGCAUUGUAUUUAUCUCUUCCCUCCUAAUAGGCCAUCAGUCUCUCACUGUGUGUCAGAGCUAAGAACUUCUGGUCUGAAGGUGACCUUUUGGUGCAAAAAAGGGGAAAAAAAACCUACUUUCUACUUUAUUUUCUGUAAUGAGCACAUUUCAUUUUUUCCAAAAAAAAAAAUAAAAUUGCUGUCUCCAUA